CCGAAGCACACACGCACACAUAAUAGCACAGAUACACCAACACACACAGGUAUAAAAGUCAACUUUCAAGCGUCAGCAGCACACCUGAACACGGACCAACUGUAAAGACAGAGGUGAGGAAACGUGAUGGAGGAAAAGGGAAAAGAGAACAGCAUAGCAGCUAUGGCAGCCUGCUACCAGAAAUUUGAUCCUGCAGCAUAUUUGCAGUACAACUACACUCCACCACGUGCUGAUUUUACAAGAAAAGACAGCAUCGUGCCUUGGAAACUGGCCUGUUUACACAGAGCUUUCACUGAAGGGGAUGUGAGCGGUGAGCUCCUGGUGGACAUCGGAUCAGGUCCCACUUUUUAUCAGGUGAUGAGUGGCUGUGAAGUUUUCAACAAACUGAUCCUGACAGAUUUCUUGGAGAUCAACCGACAGGAGCUGCGGCGCUGGCUUCAGGAUGAGGGAGGAUGCAGCCUGGACUGGACUCCCUACUUGGAGCAUGUCUGCAAGCUGGAGGGCCGACGGUCCUCAGCUUGGCCUGAGAAAGCUACCCGGCUGCGUCAAGUCGUGUCGGACAUCCUUCCGGUUGACGUGCACUGUUCCCAGCCUGUGGCUCCGGACUCGCUUCCGUCAACCGGGGCCGACUGCCUGGUGUCCUGCUUCUGCCUGGAGAGCGUCAGCCCCGACCUCCCGGCCUUCACCAGGGCGCUGGGUCACAUCGGGAAGCUGCUUCGUCCCGGAGGCCACCUUAUGCUGAUCGGAGCCCUGGGAGAGAGUUAUUAUUUCGGUGGUCCAGGGGUGAGGAUCCCUGUGGUCCCCCUGAAUGAAGCCCAGGUCUGUGAGAGUUUGAGGGAAACCGGUUAUACCCUGAUCAGGCUUGAAGUCUACACUCUGCCUCAGGACAUGCGGGUUGGAGUUGAUGAUGUGACCGGGGUGUUUUUCGCAAAGGCGAAGAAGGUUUAAUUGAGGUCACUGGCGUGGAUGUGGCGUUGCUGUUUAUUAGUCAAAUAUAAGUUCAGCAGUCAAAUAAAUUCACACUUGUUUUUUCUUUAAAUGAGAAGUUAGUUUAAAUGUAAUUGGAGAAAGAAAAAAUCCUCAAAACUAAAAAUGUUUUCUAAGUUUCUCGGACUUUAGCUGUGAGGAACGCAGUUAAAGACUGACCCCUGCUGGCGAAAUACGGCUACUGCAGCUGACACAGAAAUCUAGUAGUCAAAACAUUUUGUCAUUUGCAAAAGUUAGUUUUAUCUAUCUAUUCUGUGUUAUAUCCUUAUAAAAUAUAAUGUCUGUCUUGUUCGCUUAUAUAAAUAUGCUCCAUAAAUGUUUAUCCAGAUAUUGAGAAACCAUAACAUGAUGUGAAAAGCCUAAAAAAUAUAUAAUUUAGAGCAAAAUUUAAAAAGAGGUAUGUUUUACUCUUCUGUAUGGUGAAAUUUAUCUGCAUUUCUGGUGUUUAAUGUUGUGCAAUUGGAUAAAUUAAGCACUAGAUGUCACUUUAUGGCUAUUUAUACCUGAAAAUCAAACUCAAAUAAUGAAAACUACUUGAUAUGCUUCCUGGUGUGGUCACUCCUGUUCCACCUAUAGACUCACAGUCAGUACAUAACAAUCCUGAAGUGCUGGAAUACAGACAGAAAGUAACUGGACUUCUUGGUUUGGUUCACCUCUUAUUCAAAAAGCUUCGUCAGAUUGUCAUAAUGGGUUUGGAUUUCUAGGCUUACAUGUCGUUUUGGGAUCAUAAUGACCCACUGCAUCCUGAGUUCCCUGGUCCAGAAAAACAUGAGGUGUUCCACAUGUUUCAAAAAGUCAGUGGUUGUAGAACCACCUGAGAAAGAGUUAAGACUGCAGCAUCACACACUGAGAUAAAAUCUUUACUCUGCUAUAGAUUUCUUCUGGUUUGCCAUACUUAAGUGUUUUAGAUCAGAGGUUUUGAAAUCAUUUUCAUUUUGGGCCAUAUCAAAAAUCUGAAUGUUCUUAAAGGGCCAGUUGUGCCAAAAUGUAUUCACAAAACCAA